AUGCAUUUCUUCUCCUUUCAGGGUGCAGUAGCUAUUAUUUAUAUAAUUCCCGGAGACAUCAACACCCUCAUCAACUACUUUAGCUUUGCAGUUUGGAUAUUCUAUGGUCUAACUGUGCUGGGACUCAUUGUCAUGCGCUUUACAAGAAAAGAUCUUGAAAGGCCUAUCCGUGUAAGUAGCCCACCACAAGAUAUUCUCAUCAGUGUUCAGGAUGGUUUGGCAGUUCCUCUUGUGUUGCUCCUUUUGUUACUGCUAGAGUUGGGGGAGAAAUUAGGUUAACAUGUGAGCUGCCUCUAGGUUAGAUUACUGCAAUGCACUCUAUGUAGUGCCGUUUUGAAGAGCAGUCAGAAACUGCACUUAGUGCAGAAUUCAGGGGCCAGAAUUGACUGGGAGUAGGCGGUCUGAUCCUAGAACGCUGAUCCUGGUUCAAGUGCACAGGAUGUGUUAGCUCCCUGGCCCAAUUCAAAGUGCUGCUCUUGACGUAUAAAGUCUUACAUUGCCCAUGACUUCAAUACCUAAUCAUCUGAGAGCCUUCUUUGUGUGCCCCCUUCAAUAAACAGCAACAUGAGAACAGGCCUUUUCAGUGGUGGUUUCCCAAUUGUGGAAUGCUCUUUUUAGAGAGAGAUGCACCUGACACCAUCAUUAUCAACUUUCAGGCACUUUGGCAAAGAUGUUUCUUUCCCCAGGCAUUUGGCUCUUAACUGGAGUGUCAGGAUGUGGUGGUAUCCAAUCCUUGUGUUCACUGUUUAGUAGGUUGGGAUAGGAUUUGUCCUUUUUAUGUGAUUGCAAGAUGGGUAGCUUUUGUCAAUUAUCUUUUGGGUGUGUUUUAAAUUUUGUAUCAUGUAUGUUUUCAUAACUCUAACUCACUUUGAGACAUCUUUGUAGCAAGCGCUGAAUACAUCUUGAGCAAAAUUAUUAUUCGGCCUUGCUAGGUCGUUCCAAUCUGGGAUUCCUCAACACACACAAUUAUAUUACCACCCCCUCCACUCUGUCUUGCAGGUCCCUCUUAUCAUCCCCAUCCUUGUGCUGUUGGUUUCCAUUGUGCUGGUCCUGGCACCCAUCAUCACUGCACCUGAGCUGCCAUAUCUGUAUUGUGUUCUGUUUAUUAUCAGUGGACUUGUCUUUUAUGUACUUUUCAUCCACUUCAAAUUCAGCUGGGCUCAAAAAAUCUCAAGUGAGUAUAUGGUUGAUUUCCAUCCCAGGGGAAGAGGUGUUUGUGAUGAAAUAAUCUGGGUGUGGCUCUUUAACUCUGAUUCAAAGGGGAAGAGCUUCUUAAAGAGGAACAGUGGGGUGCAUGAGAUACAAUAAAGAGGAAAUUAUGGGAAUAAAGGAGGCUCAUAGAGCCGGAAUGGGGUAUGUGGUCUCCUCAGAUCACUCGAGUUGCUAGAGAUUACAUACUCAAUGCAUGCUUCUGCGCACUGGCCACUUGCCCUUUGCAGGCACAUGGGUGCUAGUGUUUUCAGUUACAAAAACAUUCCAAUUGGAAUUUUCCCCCUUCCUUCAGGGUAGGCAAUUUCUAAGCCUCCCUAUAUUUUAAAGAGCUUUAGACAUUCCUGUACCUGCUUCUUCCUAACCACUAGCCAUCUUUUCUUUAAAGACUGAAACUUGAUGGUAGUUUGACAUACACAGGAAAUACAUCCUUUUGAUUGUGGCAACUGGUCUUUUGAGUGGACUUUGACACUUAGCUAAGGUUACAGCUCAUUAUGUCCUGGAAACCAUUUGAAAUGUUGUCCAAGAUGCCCUCACUUUGCCAGUCGCCAUGCCAACAAAUGACCACUUAUAAUUUCAUCAUGUUAAAGCAGUUAUCCAGAAUAAGCCCAUAGUUUGCAGAGUUAAAAAUAAACCUGUAAAUAUAAAUCAAUUUAACCAGAGUUCCAGUAGAACAGAAUGCUACUCUACCCCGAUAGCACCAAUAGUAUAAGACUGUGUAUACUGAUUUUGAAUAGACCUCUUGAUGUUUCCAGAAAUAACAAGAUGCUUAGAUUGGUUUUCAGUUGAUGUGAUGUGCUCAGCAUUGCACAUACCAUCUAGUACACUUAAGAAAUGGAAGGCAUCACAAUAAAGCACUGGUUCUGAAACUGUAAUUUCUGGAAUAUUCUCAAGACCCAUGUUAAUUUGGCUAUAGGAAAAGUAAAGCCCAUAAUCUGGCUUGUGCAAUCAACACGGAGGCUUCUAAGUGGUUAAGUGCAAAAGGGGAAAUGAUCUAGGAAAAGAAAUGGUACUAACAGUGCAAUUGCCAUUUCUAAAGGCUUCUGACCUCAACAACUUCUGCGUUUCAGAGCCCAUCACUAUGCACCUUCAGAUGCUUAUGGAAGUAGUUCCACCAGAAGCUGUUCCUGAAUAA